AUGUCUCAUCCCGUCAUCACAUUCCCGCCGCGACCGCCUACUGGUAACACUUUAACAUCCGAGCAGCGCACUCAGUUAAUGCGCAGUAGCAACAAACUUGAACAGGUGCUGGGGAGCACUCCGCAUGUCCUUGAUUUCAUAUAUACACAUGCGUGCACCUGUAGCCCCGAGAACAAACCUCGACGUAGAUUCUUCCAUUUGCGAUCUAAGUCUUUACCCAAGUCCGCGAAAGACGACGACUGUACAGACGGCCUGCGGUCUAUCGCGUCGGCGCCAUCGCUGUCUGCUAGGUGUCAUGCAGACUCCGUCCACAGCGGUCAACAGUCGUGGCGCUCCCCGUACCAUUCGCAGCAGCCGCCUUUGGUCCUGCCCCGCUCCAUUUCAGAGUCCAUGUCGCGACCUACCGUUAUGUCACCGCAUCGCGAGCACAACGAUGCGAUUUCUGACUCCUCGGACUCUCCUCUCUUCACCAUAGUCUCCGAAGCCGCCGUGCGUCGCGAAAAGAUGCGCCGCCUAACCAGGAAGCUGGGAGAGGGCGUACCCUCGCACCUCGUCUUUCCGCCAGAAGACGAGAUGGACUCGGAUGAGGAGACGGUUGCGACCUCGUCGCCGACAUCCACCUUGUCUGGUCGAACCUGCACCUUGCCAACGAUUCUAGAGGUGGAGCCUGUGCGGCUACCUAUGCGCCACGAGGCGGCGGAGCAGCCCCCACGCAUCUCGCGUUUCGCGAAUUCUGCGACGAAGGAGUUGUCGCAUCGUGAUGCUAUCUAUGUCAUCGAGAGCCCAGACGAGCUCAGUGAGGAGGGGUUGUUCAAGGGUGUUCGCUUGAGUGCGCGCUGCUAUUCGUCUAGAGAACAGUGGUGA